GCCAUUUUUGGGGCAGACAUUGUGUAGUGCUCCCAGCAGGGGAAGAUAAACUCCUGAGCAUCACAGCACUUAAACACUUCCUUUCACACACCUCUGUCACAGCCAAAUCAUCCUACGGGUUUAAACUUUACACUUUGACUCUCAUGUAAAUCUAUCUAUCUAUCUAUCUAUCUAUCUAUCUAUCUAUCUAUCUAUCUAUCUAUCUAUCUAUCUAUCUAUCUAUCUAUCUAUUUAUCUACACAGACUAUCAGCCAAUACACACAGACUUCUCAACCAAUCCAAUCUCAUGUUCCCCCGAAGACCCGCCCUCAGAUGAGCAUCAGACAAUCGAGUAUAAAUACACCUAUGACUGACCUACUCCAACAUUUCCUAGGACCGACUCUUCAAGUCACUCAUCCUCUACAAGCCCUCUGGACUAUGACCCCACCUGUGCCCGCUCUACUGCUGCUCCUGCUUGGCCCUGGCAUCGGUGCCAUACCCACUGAACACUGGGAACAUCAGGGCACCUCUCGUUGUGUGCCCAUCCCGACCAACAUGGCUCUGUGCCAGGGCCUGGGAUACAACAUCAUGCGGAUACCCAACUUACUGGGACAUGAAUCGCCAGCCGAAGCAGUCCAGCAGAGCACCAGCUGGCUGCCGCUUCUAGCCCGCGAAUGCCACCAGCACGCCCGAAUCUUCCUCUGCUCGCUCUUUGCACCCGUGUGCCUUGAGAGGAUCAUUUCACCAUGUAGAAGUUUGUGUGAGUCUGUACGGGACAGCUGCGCCCCCAUCAUGAGCUGCUAUGGUUACCCCUGGCCAAGGAUCCUACAAUGUGAUCAGUUUCCAAAAGAUCACCUGAUGUGCAUAUCCUCGGUUCCUCAUAUGCAUAAUGGCACCGGCAAUGAAGGAAGAGUGGUGCCGCGUGCUAGCUGCACAGACUGUGAGUUAGAGGAGGCUACAUCAUCCAAAGAACUGCUGGGUCUAUUCUGUAAAAGCGACUUUGUGGUCAAAGUGCGCUUAUCCAAACUGAACUCCAGCAGCUCUGUCCUGACAAUUUUCUCCUUGGGUUCUCGGGUCGAAGUUCUAAAGCACGGUCCACUGCUGGGAGGGGAAAUGAGGAGUCGCCUGACAAUGUGGCUAGAGCGAGACGCCACCUGUGUGGGCAACCUGACCCGCCACCAUCCUCAUGGGGGAACCUUCCUAUUGACGGGCAACGUAACCGGAAGAAGACUGCUGGUCAAAAAAGCCUUUAGCUGGGGAAAACGCCAACGCCACAUCAACCAGGCUGCCCGCAAAUGGAAAAGCCACCGGUGUAGAGGGUGAUUUGUG